UUUUUUUUUUUAUUGAUUUUGCAGCAUUUGGCUUUGCUACUAACAUCGUGCCCGCUUCCUCGACUUUGGGCGAUUUAAGACUAAUAACAAAAAAAAAAAGAAGCCAGGCCGGUAUCGAUAAGACAUUCACUCCCGACACCAGUCUAACACCACUUUCGCGACCAGCUGGAACAUAUGACGCCCGCUGUGCAAAUUAAAGCUGGAUAACACCCGCCUCCCCGCGAGGGGCCGCAGUCCGCCAUUCCAUCAUCUCCUCUAUCAACAUACAGCAAGCAGCAAGCAGUCCCUCCUUUUUGUCCAGUCCAAAAUCCCAGAAGCAUCCCGACGCCAAACCAUACAGUAAUUACGAGAUACCCGACGGAGGAGAUAUUUCACGAGACCAAGACUCAGGAGAGACGACUACUAUUCUAUCUAUACCUUCAGGCCAUCCCUUGCAGCGCAUAUCCGAUUCCAGAAUCACCUACUCCUCCAUCCAACAGACCUCCAACUCCAAUUGGUGAUCAGUCGUUACUUUGAACCCAACAAGCUGCCGAGCAGCCCGAAUCCAAGCCCAUCUCAUCCCGUUUGGCUGCCGACCGUCAUUCGCUAUUCGUCGCUCCCUAUAUUUUGGCCCAACUAUCAAGCAGCAGUGCAGCCAGGCGCACAGGUGUGUGUGUGUGUGUGUGUGACGCUGGGGACCAAUUCGACCUGGGCGGUAGUGCAGACUUGCAGGUGGUAUUGCGCCGUCGCAUUGGCCCGUCCAGCGGUACCCAAGCCUGAGGUCCAAACGGCAAUCCCACAAGCCGUCCAUUCGCUUCCAAGGAAAAAUCCAUCAUAAGAAGAUAAAACAAUGGACUUCGCCUCUCCUCCAAAUUCCCCGGGCGGCUCCAGCUUGCCUCAGCGACCCAUGAGCGCCAUGGUUCGGCCAACACAGAGAAGCAGCAGCCGCAUGAGCAUUACCAGCAAAACUGGUGGUGGGAGUCGAGCGUCGGACGACGAUGUCAAGACUGCAGUCAGAGUCGCGGUGCGCGUGAGGCCGCCCCUGGGUCCAGACGAUCCAGGAUACGAUCUUGUUCCACAACGCUUUCAGCGGUCAAUGGUGCAAGUCCAAGGAGAGACCGGAGUAGCCAUCGAUUCACCACAGGGCCGCAAGUUGUUCGUGUUUGACCGGGUUUUUGGUCCCGAGGUCGACCAGGAGGGCGUAUGGGAGUAUCUUAGCGACUGUGUAAAUGCUUUCACACAGGGUUACAAUGUCUCGCUUCUCGCCUACGGCCAGUCGGGCGCCGGCAAGUCAUACACGAUGGGUACUGCAGGCCCCGAUGUGCAGGAAGACCUAGAGGCCAUGGGUAAGUGCACCUGGCACCGGCCUCUGAGACAUGCAGGUGCCCUCCCCACCAAGAAGCUUGCGUGCUAACUGCACAUGCAGGAGUGAUCCCCCGGGCCGCUAUCGCCCUGUUCGAAAAGCUGGACGGCUCAAGUCCAAAGUCCCAAGGCGCGGCUUCGAAACGGAGUUCCAUGUCCCAGCUGCGUGCCCCUUCGAGAGUUGCCAUGCUUCAGCCCUCCAACAUCGACAAGGAUUGGAAACUGACUGCGACUUACGUCGAGAUUUACAACGAAACCCUGCGAGAUCUUCUAAUUCCAGAGCACAUUCCGCAGCAUGAGCGCGGCACCGUCACCAUCCGUGAGGAUGUCAAGGGGAACAUCAUCCUUACCGGCUUGCAGCAAGUCGAGGUCAAUUCGGUGGACGAUCUGAUGAAUGUUUUAGCCCAGGGUUCAGCACUCCGCCAGACCGAUGCGACAGCCAUCAAUGCCCGAUCUUCAAGAUCCCAUGCCGUCUUCAGCCUUAACCUGGUACGAAAAGGAGCCAAGGGUCCCACGGCGCCCACAGAUAGACGCAUGUCGAUGCCGCUCGAGGCCAUGUCCGGUACGGAAGCCAUGGUCACCACCGAUAGCAAGAUGCAUUUCGUCGAUUUGGCCGGUAGCGAACGUCUCAAGAAUACCGGUGCCCAAGGCGAGCGUGCCAAGGAGGGUAUUUCGAUUAAUGCCGGUCUGGCCGCCCUAGGCAAGGUUAUAUCGCAGCUUUCGUCACGGCAACCAGGAGCGCAUGUGUCAUACCGAGAUUCGAAGCUCACACGCUUGCUUCAAGAUUCUUUGGGUGGAAAUGCCAUUACGUACAUGAUUGCUUGCGUUACCCAGGCCGAAUUCCACCUUAGCGAAACACUCAACACGGUACAAUAUGCCCAGAGAGCGCGAGCCAUUCAAAGCAAGCCGAGGAUACAACAGGUAGACGAGGGCGACAAACAGGCCAUUAUCGAGCGUUUGAAGGCCGAGGUUGCGUUCCUGCGUGAGCAAAUUCGGAGCUCGGAAAGGGGCGGGGGUGACAGACGUAGCAUGUUGCUUGCUCCUGGGGAGAGGUCCGAGCGGCAGAAUGAACGGGAGGCAGAGCUCCAGAACCAGCUACUGGACGCCAGGGAAAACUAUACCACGCUAUCCCAGCGACAUGCGAAGCUGAUUUCCGAGAUGGCCAAGGCGCGGGAAAAUGAGUUUGCUGAGAAUCAGCAUCUCGAGGAAAGCUUGGGUGAAAGCGCCACCGAACGUCUAAAUCGCUCAAACAGUUUCGCCCAGGCCGUCGAGCAGGUCGUUCUUGAAUACGAGAAAACAAUCCAAUCGCUCGAGCAGUCCCUUGCCAGCACGCGGGCCACCCUCGCUAACACCGAGGCCACGCUGCUCGAGAAGGAAACGAAGUGUGCAUAUACGGAGACCAUCAACACUCAACUCCAGGCAAGGCUGCAAAAGCUCAUGGACCGUGAGGCUAGUACGGAGAACUACCUACAUGACCUGGAGGCCAAGCUGGAUUCCCAUACUUCCGGGGAAGAAAAGAACGCCACCAUUAUUACCGAGCUGCGUAAAGAGAUCGCCCGUGUACGCGAGAAUGAAGCAAACGCAGAGGACUAUAUCUCUACCCUGGAAGAGCGCCUCGCCGAGGCUGAUCAGGAUGCCGAGUUGAUGCAGAGGGAAAUUGACCGUCUUGAGCAGGUUAUUGAACGCCAGCGCAGCCUCGGAAAGCUGGACUCCUUGCUGAACGAACUGGACCACAUCCAGCAAGAUCCGCCGACCAUCCCCGAGAACGAGCAUGAACUCACCAACGGAGGCCGCCAUCGCAAGAUGGCUAGCCGAGACUAUGCCAACCAUUCGCGUAGCCAGAGCCAUGUCAGUCACCGAAGCCAGUUCGAUGAACCAAUCCGGGAGAGCAGCGAGGAGGACAUUCCUGAGGAAGAUGAGGACAAUUUGGAUGCGACCCCAACGGAUAAGGCAAACACACCGAAGGCGUCGCACGCUCAACUGGCGGGCAAGAACGGUUCGAAACUGGUACCUGUGGACCAAUUCGAAACCGUUACCAAGGAACUCGUCGACCUCCGUACCGAGCACGAGACAACUCUGCAUGACUACAGCGCUCUCCAAGCUAAGCACGAGGAGGCUCUUAGGGCGCUUGCGGAGCUACAGGAUGCUGUUGACGAGGCCCGCCAUCCGAGCCGUGUACGGGAUUCCAUUCUUUCGGUAUCAGCACCGGGUACGAGGCCCAUGUCGUUGAUGUCAGGCGAAACCAAGACUGGACACCGAUCCUUGUCGUCUGAGCUGUCAUCGGCCCUGGGUUCGCAUACAGUUGUUACGGACGUUUCGGGUGCCGAGACUGCCAAACAUCACGAUUCGGAGAUUGACGAAGCGGAUGCUGAUGCUCAGAUCCAGAAACUGAAAUUCAUUGCCGCUGCAAAGGAGGCUGCCGAAAGGGAACUUGCUACGCGGUAUGCUCAGCUGGAGGAGAAGCACCAGGAGACUCUCGACAUGGUGGAAGAACUGAAGACGGAGAUUGCAAAGGCUCAGGCUCUCAGCGUGGAAUCUUCCAUAUCAAGAACCAGCACUCCAGUUAUCCGUCGUAAGUCCAGCCAGAACGUGAUGAUCAUCGAUCGCGCCCAUCGCUCUUUCGCCACGCUCAGCAACAUCGCAGCCGAAAAUUUGCACGAUCCAGAUGUGAUGGCCAACUUCGAGCUCAACCUGAACGCCGCUAUGCACGAACUCCAUGCUCGCUCGGUAAGGAUUCAAGAAUUGGAGGCGGAUGUGACGAAUGCGAAGAAGGAGAUGGAGACCAAGAUGACCAUCAUCUCUGGCUUGACUCGCGAGAGGUCCAGCUUGAAGGCGGCAUCGCCGAUGGAUAUGGCUAUGGUGUCCAGCCUCAGGGAGCAGCUGGAGAGGAGCGAGAAGCACGUGCAGGAGUUGCGGGAGUCCAACGCCAUCCGUCAGAGGGAGCUGGAGGCUCAGAUUUCCGAGUUACAGCAUGCCCUGCACCAGGCUGGUGUUGAUCCUGCUUCGGUUGGUCCCAGGGUGUUUGACGGAGAUUCGGAUGCGCAGGCAAAGAGAAUAGUUGAGCUGGAGGCUGAGCUUCGCGGUUGGGAAGCCAAGCACCAGGCUGCCUUGGAGAACCUUCAGGACUCGGAAAAUAGGAUGAAGUCUUCGAUGGCCGAGCUUGGGAGCCAGAUCUCAUUCCUAACCACACAGCUUACCGAGACUGAGACCCAGUCCAGCAUGUUGAGCUCGCGACUUGCCCAGACUGAGGGUCAGGUAACCUCGCUCAACGACCAGCUUGCCCAGAACGGACACAAGGAACCCGAAGGCGAUGAGGCCGCAAAGGAGAAGAAGCACAAGGAACUCGUCGAGGUCCUUCGCCGCGAGAUUGAUGACUACAAGGAGAUCGUCAACAGGACACAGACCAAGGUUACACAGACCGAAGAGCAAGCUGCGGCCACCAAGGUCCUGCUUGAUGCCGCCACCAGAGAACGCGACGACGCCGCUGCCGAAGCCGAACACAACAAGCAGCUCGUGAACAGGCUCGAGGAGUCGAUCACUGAGCAUGAGCACACCAUCAAGGCCCACCAGGAGAGCUUGCAUGCUCUUGAGCUGAACCACGCUUUGGAGCUUGAAGAGGCGAGAACCGCUUCCAGACGGGAGGUUGAGGCUGAAAUGAAGGCCCUCAAGGCUAAGCAUGCUGAGCAGGUAAGACGUCUCGAGGAAGGACUUACCGAUGCUCGGGAGGAUCUUCUCAGGGUCGCCACUCAGGUCGCUUUGGCUCUUGGCCUCGAAGUUAGUAUCGAGAAGCUCUCGGAGCGCAUCGAGGAUCUCCUCGAAUCCCGUGAUCAGGUGGACCUGGAGCAGAAGAAGCGUGGCGAACUGGAGCAGCAUGUUGUUGAGCUCACAUCCAUCAACGACCAGGUCAUGAAUGAACUGGAGUCUGUUAAGGCCGCUCUAGCGGACAUGUUGGCGACGGAGAACGACAAGGUCAAGACUGUCUAUCCUGUCAAGGAAUCCGUGGCGCUGGUCAAGAAGAAGAUGGUCGAUUUGGAGACGAAGAACAAGAAGAACUCGCGUCUUGUGGAGGAGCUGGAGGAUCAACUGCAGAGUAACUACGACCAAGUGCAAAUCACGAGCAACAGGUUGUCAAUGUUGCAGUCCGAGAAGACCCAGCAGCUGGAGGAGGCGAAUGCUGCCAUAAUUAGGCUCGAAGAGGAGUUGAAGAUGGCUCGGGAGGAGUACGCCGCUCUUCAGACCAAGUACAACGUGCUGUCCGAACAAGCGGCGUCCGUUCCUCAACGCUCCGACUCCAAGUCCGCACCUAACCCGAGCUCUCCCAUCCGCAAGUCGAACUCCGUGCAGUCCCUGCCCUCGCCCCCGCCCGCGAUUCCUCUUCCACCGCUCCCAUCUGAUCGCGCAAGCGGCGCCGUCUCCCCUACAAGUGGCGCUCCUCGUCCCCCCUCCAAGGACAUUCUUGCCGCUGCGCUUUCCAACCAGCAGUUCCAAGCCAUUCAAGAAGAUCAGGAAGCCCGCAUCCGCAUCAUCGAGAAGAACCUUUUGGCCGAGAAGCAGCUUACUGCCACCCUGGAAGAAGCGCUCACCGAUCUCGAGACACAACAGCUCAAGAUCAAGGCCGACGCCGAUGCCUGGAAGCGCCGGGCCGGCGAGCUCGAGGCCGAGCUCAAGGAGCUCAAGGACAAGCCCCAGGUGGAUAACCGGUGGAGCCUGCAGCAGGUUGAGGAGGAACGGAAGAAGCGGGUGGAUGCCGAGCGGGCGCGACAGCACCUCGAAGAGAGGAUGCAGAGCCUGGCGUCGGGCAAGAAGAAGAAGAAGGGAAGUCUGAACUGUUUCUAGGGGGGCGCCCGCACCCGGUUGCCCUUGUCGUCCUUGUCCUACAGUUCAAGCGCUACGAGCGUUGGUUGUUUUGGUUUAUCAUCAAUAGGUGGGGGUGGCCGGAGUUGCGGUUGUGGUUGCUGUGGCCGAAGAAGCUGCGGGUGUUGCUGCGGCCCCAAAUGUGGGUGUGGGAACGGGUUGGUGAACAGCGGGAUGGUCACUCCUGCAACAGCCGCGCCUACACCUACCAUGCCUACCAUGCCCAUCAUGGCGGGGCGGCGCAGUCGUUCUGGUAGUGGCGUUAGUUUACACGGUAGUGUUGGGGGUGGCGGCGGUGGUGGUGGUGGCCUACGGAGGCGGGCUGGAAGUGGUGCAAGUCGUGUCAGUGCUACCAGUGCUGGUGGACGGCGCAGUCACGUUGGUAGCGUCGCUGCUGCUGCUGCUGCUGCUGCUGCUGGUGGUGGAAGACGUAGUCGUGCUAGCAGUGUUGCUUCUGGUGCGAGUGUCGGUAAUUGCUGUGGGUUGACGGAUAAUGAGAAGAACAAGAAAAGUAAAAGCAAAUUCAGGAUACCCGUGAGAAGGAGGAAGAGGAGCAAGAGCAUUGUCAAAGGGAAGAUGAAGCAGCAAGCAGGGGGUGGUGGAGGAGGAGGAGGGGAAUCGUCAGAAAAAGGUGCUGCAAAGAAGAGAAAAGAAAAGGCCAGGGAAAGCGGCGGGAGUUAUCAUCAGCUUCACCGGCUGAAGCUCUUAUUAGAGAGAGAAAGCACGUUGCAGCGGAAACUCAUGUUGGAAAGGGAGAUGUCUCUACAGCGGAAGAUCGAUGCGAAUCCGAAUGUUUCGUACAUGACAUGAGCAGCCAACCAUGCACAUAGCAUAGUUCAGCAAUGGACCAUCGGGUAUGGGGUUGGUUUUUGCCCUCCCUAUCAUCCCUUAAAGAAAAGGGAGUGAGCAAAAGGAAAGAGAUCCAUGGGAUGAUGCGAUGGAAUGCCAGGGAAUCGGAUGGGAACUGGUCAACUGGACGGGAUGAAUGGAUGGGCAAUGUCGAUUUUCUUUUUCGUUUUUUGUUUUUGGUUCUUUGUCUCUUUUCUUGGUUUAUUAUAUAUCCCCCCCUUCGAGCGCGCCGUUUGUUACUUCUUGUUGGCUUGUUUACAUAUACCUUAGUAUCCGCAUUAUGCCCCUGUAUGUAUGUACCUUCUACGUUGUACAAACAACAAGAUGAACAAGAAUAAGAUCAAAGUCACGUAAUA